UGUACCGUUUGUGUGGCAGAGAACAAUGUUCUCGUAUCCAUACCUUCUCCUACUGGUGUGUGUUAUGACAGUGGUUCAUGGCCAAAACUCACCCUCAGCCCAGCAGUGCGACGUCCCACAAGGGAUGGCGAGUGGUGGUAUUCAAGACUCGGCACUGGUAGUGUCCUCCACAGAUGGGGAUAAUCUCAAACAACACGCUCGAUACGACUGCUGCCAGGCUGACUGUGGUGCUGCCUGGUGUCCGGCAACAGAUGACCCCACUCCGUACUUCGAGGUGCAUCUGGAGAACCUGACCACUAUAGCUUCCAUUAAGUUCCAACAUCCCACAUCAGCAACAACCUCAUGUAACGAUUUUGCUGACAAAUAUAUGAAGACAUUUCGGCUGCUUUACAAACCAGCCAUUGGUUCAGAAGAAUUCCUGGAGUUUAAUCAUAACAUAAGUUCUAUUUACAACGAAUCGAUGUCAUACUGGAUAGGAUUCAAGCCAUAUUUUGUCACAAAAGCCAUCAGGAUCGAACCUCAGACGUAUGAAAAAGCGGCCUGUUUUAAAUUUGAAAUAAAUGGGUGCGAACCAACAGGUCUUUGCCAGAAAGACUUUUGCCAACACGGAGGAACAUGUGUUGGGAAGAACCUCUGUGGAUGUAAAGGAGCGUAUUACGGGGAACAGUGCCGAUACACAGAGAGUGAAUUAUACACCUUUGUAACCAAGUUCUUGUUCUUGAGGAUUCAAAAUAACAUUCUGCAAACCACAUCGUUAAACAUGAGUGUAUCGGGCAGCGUUACCGUGGAGACUGUAGGGACACAGCGCCUCAUCCGUCUAGGGGAGGGAGGAACAGCUACAGUAGCUCCAGGGUCGGGUCACCUGUCUCCAUGUUGGCACAAUCUGGACACCUGUCAGUCUGGUUUAACUUACAGUCUGACACUGAAUAUUGAAAAAGAUGACGUCACAGAGGCUAUACCUGAUGUCUAGUGGAAAUGAGGCUUCUCACAAUGGACUAUGGCUGUACUAUGAAGGGAAGACCUUGUCGUGUCACGUGGCAACCUCAUCGGAGGUCUGGGUGAUUGACGUCGUUACUCCUCUUUCACUCAGUGAAUGGUAUACGAUUGAGAUCUCCUGGAACAGAAUUCUAGGGCUUCAACUCCUUCUUAACAGCAAGACCGUCGGCAGUAUUACCCAGUCAAUUCCACGACGGUCUCAUGAUGUUCAGGCAGGAGAGCUGAGUAUUGGGUCCAGUUUGAACACAGGCGUCGUCAUGAGAAUCUAUCAGCUCCAAGUGGUACCUCUUGUCAGAAGCGAGGUCAUACGGGCUCGACUCACAAAUGAUACCUCACCUCCUGUCCUCCCGAGUGAACCUACACGCCCCGGGG